AUGUCAGAAGGUAAAUAUUCCAAAGCUCAUUUGUUCUUGGUCACCAAUGCUCAGGAUUUUGUUGGAACUUCCAUUUUUACCCGAAUGCUUUAUCCUGCCACUUUGAUUCCUAUCUUCUUACAAUUUAGUUCAGAGGAUGAAGCGGUGGCCUUGGCUAACUCGACACCCAUGGGUCUCGCGGGCUACAUGUUCUCAAGAGAAGUCGGGCAAUGUUGGAGGGUUGCUGAAUCCUUGGAAUGCGGUCUUGUCGGAGUGAACACGGGUAUGGUGAGUACACCAGAAGCUCCAUUUGGAGGUAUCAAGCAGUCUGGAAUUGGCCAUGAAGGUGGACCCGGAGCUUUGAAGGAAUUCAUGAACCUACGAAUUUUCUAUUUCCAGGAUUUUGCUUUGGAUGUUAUAUCCAAGGUAUCAUCGAUACCCUAUCGUCUUCAACGCGAAGCUCUUGCUGAAAAGAAUGAUCUCAAACUGGUUAAGUCUAUUUGA